AUGUUGCCUCAAGAUAAUGUCCCGCCAAAAAUGAAGAGCAAAAUGUUGCAUGCGAUUAAAUGGCGGGCGCGGCGAAAGAUGUUAACACCUGCGUUCCAUUUUAAUAUAUUAAAUAAGUUUGGGGAUAUCUUUAUCAAGGAGGGUGAUUACAUGACACAAUCUUUGAAAGAUGUCGGAGGGACAGUUGUAAAAGAUUUAUUACCAUUUAUUAGUGAACAUACGCUAAAUGCGAUAUGCGAAACUAUCAUGGGCGUCUCUUUGCAAAAAUUUAGCGAGUUGCAACAAAAGUAUCGAAAUGCAAUUCACGAUAUAACCGAAUUAAUAGUUUACAGAGGAUUAAGGCCUUGGUUGUAUAAUGAUUUAUUAUUCUCAUUGUCAUCACAAGGAAGAAAGCAAAAGAAAGUCUUGAAAAUAUUGCAUGGAUUUACGGAAAAAAUCAUCGCGGAAAUUAAAAAAAAUAGGCUAGCCAUGUUGGACCUUUUAAUAGCGGCAUCUCGAGAAAAUUCUCUAACUGAUUUGGAUAUCAGAGAAGAAGUUGACACUUUUAUAUUUGGAGGUCAUGAUACUACAGCGACGGGCAUAAUGUUUGCUUUACUUCUCUUAGCUGAGCAUAAAGAUAUCCAGGAGCAUGUGAGGGCUGAAGUCGAUACUGUGAUGCAAGAGAAUGGAGGAAAACUUAACAUGAAGUCAUUACAAAAUUUAUCAUAUUUAGACAGAUGUUUAAAGGAAGCGCUACGUUUGUAUCCCAGCGCGUCUUUCAUAUUACGCAAGACUGGGGAUGCUAAUCAUAUCGUACCCCCUGGAACGACCAUACUUCUUAAUAUCUACGGAGUUCAUAGAGAUCCCUAUUUUUGGCCAAAUCCAGAUGUAUUUGAUCCGGACAGAUUCUUACCCGAAAGGAUAAAGAAUCGUCAUCCUUAUUUUUAUAUACCAUUCAGCGCAGGACCGAGAAAUUGUAUAG